AGAACAAACAAUGACGAUCCAGCUUCGUGUUGUGACACAGUGGCCGUAUCUUACAUGCGACCUUGUAGAUGCCACUUGUAGUUGACUUCCACUCGCUCGAUCGUAUGGUGGUCCGUGCUGCUAGCGGGGUAACAGCGGUGCGGGAGAAUUAUUCUUGCUGAUAUAUCAGCUGCGUAUCGAAUCACUGGCGGGGUAGCCUGCCCCUACCAGUGUGCAGAUGUUUCUGCCGAUAUACAACAGGCUAUUGUUAUCGCGCAACACAAGAACUAAUCGACAAAAAAAACACCCGUACGAUAACUCGUGUAUUGUUAUUUUGCGAACUCGAACGGAGAUAAACAAUUUGCGUCUAAUCGAGACGAAAGCAAAACAACGAAUGAAAUUUUGGGUUUAUUUGUCUAGAAUUCAUCCAGACGUUACCACUGAUGACAUUCAAACUAUGGCAAAAGAAUGUCUACAGUGCAACGAGCCACCCGAUGUUGUGAGAUUGGUUAAAAAAGACGUGGAUAUAAAGUCGCUGCGCUUUAUUUCAUUCAAAGUGGAUAUUGAUCCCAAACUAAAAGCGGUUGCGUUGGCACCAAGUACUUGGCCCGCCGGUAUUUUCUUUAGAGAGUUUGAGGAUUAUGGAGCAAAAAACGAACGUGGUGUAGCGGCAGCUACACCAUCGGUAAUCACACCGGUUAUUCCUUAAACGAAAUUAGUCUGCCACCGGGGGAUAUUGGGGGCCAGCGGGCCCCCUGUCCAGUUAAGUAUAUGUAUUCUAACCGCUUACCAAAAACUCAGAGAAUGUGCGAUUUUUCUAGCCAACUUGAUCAGAUGAUUGUAAAUGAAGAGGCCAGUACAUCUUUAGCUCACACAACCUGCAGUCUAAACUCCAAUGAAUGCUAUCAGAUAGGCGCACCCUGUUCAUCCCCGCGAAUGAAAGAUCACGGACACAGUAACUCUUUUCCUCCAGGCUAAUUCCACAAUUGAUGUUUGUGCCGAUACCGCGCCAUUGGAUUAUGACCCACACGAACAUAUUCAUUUCUACUAUCAGAAUGUAAGAGGGCUAGGCACGAAAAUUGACGAGCUGUUUGUUGCCGCUUCGGAUGCUGAAUAUGACGUAAUCGUUUUUACCGAAACCUGGCUGAACGAUCAAAUUUGUUCUCCUCAGCUUCUUGGACCAAAGUACACAGUGUACCGAAACGACCGCGACUUAGCAUGUACAGGUAAAUCUCGCGGCGGCGGUGUCCUUAUUGCCGUAUCUAACAGGUUACAGUCUAGGCAACGAUCGAGUCUAAGAUCUGAUUUAGAACAGUUAUGGGUAGACGUCCGCAUUCAUGGUGCUAGUAUUUGUGUAGGUGUUGUAUAUAUCCCGCCUGAUAUCGACGAUAACACCUCGGUCAUUCAGAACCAUAUCGACUCGGCGCUUGAAAUUUUGAAUUCACUGGAAUCGCACACUACUCACUUGCUUUUCGGGGACUACAACCAGCCUGGCCUUGCUUGGAAAGCCAGCCGCUCUGGUCGCGUUUUUGCUGAUCCUUCUGAUUCGAGUCUUAAUAGUGCAAAUAUUGCGCUGUUGGACGGAAUGUCUUUGGUCAACAUGACUCAAUUAAGCGCAGUAAAAAACGGGCGUAAUCGGACUCUUGACCUCGUAUUCGUCAAUGACGAAUCCGUACUCAACUGUGCCAUUGCCGAAGCAUGUGACUCGUUAGUUGGUAUCGAUCCUCAUCAUCCACCGCUGUCUGUCUCAUUAGCCUGUCCUCAGCUGAUUCGCUUUGAAGAAUUGUCUGAAAUAAGGCAACUCAACUUUAGUAAAAGCGAUUUCGAAGGACUUCAAAGGGCUUUACUCGCAAUCAACUGGGAAAAUUUGUUGAACCGUGCAACUGACGUAGACAGUGUUGUAGAGAUAUUCACGCACACAAUGAAACAGCAAUUCACCAACUUCGUUCCGUCGUUUCACCCACGGCCGAAACCUGUAUGGUCCAAUCGACGGCUUCGAGAGUUAAAACGACAAAGGGCAGCUGCACUUCGUAAGUACGUCAGACGACGAAACGCAAUGACUAAGUUGUCGUUCACCACUGCGAGUAGUCAUUACAAAACUUACAAUCGCUUUCUCUACGCUCAACACGUGCUACGUACCCAAUCACAGCUCAAACGAAAUCCAAAACGCUUUUGGUCAUUUGUAAACAGUAAGCGGAAAGAAAGUGGACUUCCUUCCAACAUGUUUCUUAGAAAUGACAGUGCUGACACACUUGAUGGUAUUGGUUCUUUAUUUCGGAAACAUUUCUCGAGCAUAUUUAAUUCCUCUUCUGCAAAUACAGCUCAAAUACAGAGUGCCCUUCGCGACGUUCCUCACAACGUUGUAAACCUUAGCAAUAUUUGCUUCUCAGAUGAGGAUGUUCUCAAGGCCACAGAGAAACUAAAACCUUCUUCUUCGGCUGGGCCUGACGGUAUUCCAGCUAUUAUUUUAAAAAGAUGUGCCAUCGCGCUUUGUGUUCCGCUAAGAAUAAUUUUUAAUAAAUCGCUAUCACUAGGGGUUUUUCCUGAUUGCUGGAAGAAGUCAGCUAUGUUUCCAGUUUAUAAAAAAGGCAACAAACACGAUAUAGUGAACUACAGGGGAAUAACUUUGCUAUCGGCUGGAUCGAAAUUAUUCGAAAUUCUUGUCGGCAACGUUUGAUCUCGUGAAUUUAAGCCAUAUAUGUCGACGGCCCAACAUGGUUUUUACCCAGGUAGAUCGACUACGACUAAUUUACUUGAGUUUUCAUCGCAUUGUAUAAAAAACAUAGAGAAGGGGCUGCAAGUGGAUACCAUCUAUACAGAUCUGAUGUUUGUUUAGUCAUCCCACCUGGCAGUAAACUCAUCUAUGCUGAUGAUUUAAAACUAUUUCGCAU